AUGGGGGAGGAUGACUCUUCUAAUCCUCAUGGCGGUAGCACCACUGCUUCCUCAUUUCCUUCUCAACCAACCAUAGCCGAGUUGAGUGCCCAGGUGGCUCAACUAAUGCAGAUGCAAACUCAGACCUCGAACUUGAUCCUAACUCAGGAUCCUACCAAGACGACCCCGACCUCGACUCAGACGACGACCCCGACCUCGAAUCAGACGACGACCUUGAACCCGAAUCAGACAACGAUUCCGACGACGAUUACCUAUGAAACUUCCGCUGCACAAAUUGGCAUAAAGUUGGAUGGCACCAACUAUGCCCUAUGGUCCCAAGUUGUAGAGUUGUAUAUCUCCGGCAAAGACAAAUUGGGAUAUAUUAAUGGUGAUCUUCCACAACCUCAUUUGACCGCUCCAACGUUUCCUUGCUGGCGCACCGAGAACUCUAUUGUAAAGGGAUGGCUCAUCAAUUCUCUAGAGCAGAGCUUGAUUGGCAAUUUCAUUCGUUUUCCGACGGCAAAAGCAGUGUGGGAUGCAAUUGCCACAACUUACUAUGAUGGCACUGACACCUUUCAGGUUUAUGAUCUGAAACGACGAGUCUCCCGUAUGCGACAAGCUGGCGGCUCUAUUGAAACCUAUUACAAUACUCUCCAAAGCUUAUGGAGAGAAAUUGAUUUCCGUCGUCCAAAUAUGAUGGAGUAUGAAAAUGAUAUCAAGCAGUAUAAUGAUAUUCUACAGGAAGAUCGAGUUUACAUAUUUUUGGAUGGCCUUGAUGAUCGUCUUGAUAAGGCCCGAAGUGAUGUUCUUCACAUGACUCCAUUCCCCACUGUGGACCAAGCUUAUGCCUAUGUUCGCCGUGAAGAUGUUCGACAAGCAGUGAUGAUGGGUUCAUCUGCACCCACUGGCGCUGGCUUAGCGGCGAAGAGUGCGCCUCGAUCAGGUCCCCCUACUCGUGCGGGACAGCCCCAUAAUUCCUCUACUUCAGCCCACCUUCAGAUCCAAUCAUAUGCUACUGCUGCUGGUGCGCCACCUCCUAAAACUAUCCCACCUUCCCGUCCCAAGGCUCCGACUGAUGGAAGUGGUUGCACGCAUUAUGGCAAUCCCAAACAUACCCGUGACACCUGUUUUAAGCUGAAUGGUUAUCCUGAUUGGUGGGAGGACCUCCGCGCUCGCAAGCUCAGAGAAACUGCUAGUAAUUCCGGCCGUGCUGCUCUUGUCUCUACCGAACCCCAAUUAGCCUUGUUCCCGCAGGUAGACCCUACUGAUAGUCCUGCGCUUCCGGAUGUCUCAGGUAACUGCGGUUAUGCAUUUCAUACUUCUGAUAUACGAGAUACUACUGGUUGGAUAAUUGUUUCUGGCGCCACUGAUCAUAUGACCUUUGAUCCGAAUGAUUUUUUGCACACCACUACACCCCGCCGCACAAGUAUUGCCAAUGCAAAUGGAGUUACCUAUCCUGUAACAGGGGCCGGCACUGUCGCCCUUUCACCUUCUCUGUCCCUUUCUAAUACUCUCCUCGUUCCAUCUUUGUCCAAUAAAUUACUGUCUGUGAGCCAGGCAACUGAACAACUCAAUUGUUGUGCACUAAUUUAUCCAAAUUUUUGUUUGCUACAGGAUAUUCUCACCAAGGAGAUCAUUGGGUGUGGUACUAAAAGAGGGGGGUUGUACUAUGUGGAGGACUUCAGUAUGGGAUGUGCCAAUAGUGUAAAGCAUCCGUCUGAUGACAAGCACAGACAGAUUUGGCUCUGGCACCGACGUUUGGGGCAUCCAUCUUUUGGUUAUAUGAGACACUUAUUGCCCGAGUUGUUUUUUGUAUUUAAAGACUCAGAUUUUAAAUGUGACACUUGCAUUUUAGCCAAGAGUCACAGAGCAUCCUAUCCUUUAAGUAUGAAUAAAAGUAAUAUUCCUUUUGCUUUAAUUCAUUCUGAUGUUUGGGGACCCUCACCUAUUUCUACUCAUUCCGGUAUUCGUUGGUUUGUCACAUUCGUAGAUGAUUGUACACGGAUGACAUGGUUUUAUUUGAUGAAAAAUAAGAAUGAAGUGUUUUCCCUGUUUCAAUCCUUUCACAAACAGAUGGAAACACAGUUCAAUGCUCGAAUACAGAUUCUUCGCUCUGACAACGGUGGAGAAUUUGUCAAUCAUGAUUUUCAGACUUACUUCCAGACACAUGGCAUUAUUCAUGAGACAACUUGUCCCCAGACACCACAACAAAAUGGUGUUGCCGAACGGAAGAAUCGUCAUCUCCUUGAAACCGCCCGUGCUCUUCUCAUUGGUGGCCAUGUUCCUCGUCAUCACUGGGAUGAUGCUGUCAUCACUGCUGUCCACCUUAUCAACCGCAUGCCAUCUGGGGUCUUGAACUUCAAAACUCCAUUACAAGUGCUGGCGCAACAUGGGCCUCUACCCUCUGUUUUGGGGGAGAUACCGAGUGAAGAGCUCAAUUGGAGCAGCUUGGAAAACGAAGAUAUUCAUCUAUGCACAAAGAUUGCUCUCGGCCAAGAAACAAUAACAAUCGAUCAUCCCGAGUCUGGCACGUGCGAAUGCCCUCUGCCAAACAACGAUCAAUCGCCUACCCCUUGCAAAGCUGUUUUUGAUUCGAGUCAUACUCUUACAGACAACUCAGAACAACAAGAUGAAGACCCCCCUCUCACUCAACAGUACCAACGGACCAAUCUCCUGAGAAUAUCUUUGAGGCAAAAUCGUGGGAAGCCACCAAACCGUUAUUCACCUGAUAUUGACAAGGCAUCCAAGUAUCCAAUUGCAAAUCAUGUAUCCACUGAGAAGCUGUCUGAACCACUCAAGGCUUUUGUGCAUCAGUUGUCUGCUAUCCAGAUUCCAACCAAGGUCUCUGAAGCAUUGAAAGAUCCUAAGUGGGUCCAAGCUAUAAAAGAAGAGAUGAGAGCUCUUAAGAAAAAUCAGACUUGGACAUUGCAGACUAUACCACGAGGAAAAAAGACUAUCGGAUGUAGGUGGGUGUUUACUAUAAAACACAAUGCAGAUGGAUCUAUCGAGCGAUACAAGGCAAGACUUGUGGCAAAAUGGUACACACAGACCUAUGGUAUAAACUAUGAAGAAACCUUUGCACCAGUUGCAAAGUUAAAUACCGUCAGAGUCUUAUUGUCCCUUGCAGCUAAUUUGGAUUGGCCACUACACCAGUUUGAUGUAAAGAAUGCUUUUCUACAUGGCGAACUCGCGGAGGAGGUGUACAUGGACAUUCCUCAUGGAUAUAAUACUACUCAGACUGGAACAGUUUGCAGGUUACGAAAAGCAUUGUAUGGAUUGAAACAGUCACCACGUGCAUGGUUUGGACGGUUCACCAUGGCAAUGAAGAAUAAUGGUUUCAAACAGUGCAACUCAGAUCAUACUCUGUUCUUGAAACAUCGGAAAGGGAAGGUAACAACAUUAAUAAUCUAUGUUGAUGAUAUGAUUAUUACUGGGAAUGAUAAACAGGAAAUAUCACAACUACAAGACUAUUUGGCUACUGAGUUUGAGAUGAAGGAUCUAGGUGGACUCAAGUAUUUCUUGGGAAUUGAGGUUGCUCGAUCGCAGCAAGGCAUAUUUCUAUCUCAAAGGAAAUAUGUCUUGGACUUGUUGACAGACACAGGAAUGCUAGAUUGCAAACCUGCGGACACUCCUAUUAUUCAAAAUCAUCAUCUUGGAGAAUAUCCGGAUCAAGUUCCAACUAACAAAGAAAGAUACCAAAGGUUAGUGGGAAGAUUGAUCUAUUUGUCACAUACUCGACCAGACAUUGCUUAUGCGGUGAGCGUUGUUAGUCAAUUUAUGCACUCUCCAAGUGAAGACCACAUGAAUGCAGUUCUUCGGAUACUUAGAUAUUUGAAGUCUGCACCUGGAAAAGGACUUAUGUUCUCAAAGCAUGGUCAUCUAAAUAUUGAUGGUUAUUCAGAUGCAGAUUGGGCAGGUAAUGUAACAGAUAGAAAUUCACAUCGGGUUACUUCACAUUCGUGGGAGAAUCCAGUUCAGCAUGAUCGUACUAAACAUGUUGAGGUGGAUCGACACUUCAUCAAACAGAAGCUUGAGGCUAAAGUGUUUCAGUUUCCUUUUGUGAAAUCCGAGGAUCAAUUGGCGGAUAUUUUGACAAAGGCGAUUUCCAGUAAAGCAUUCCACAAUUCACUGGAUCAGUUGGGCAUUGGCGACAUCUAUGCACCAACGUGA